AUGUGGAAAGAACCAGUCCUGGGCAGCUCCCUGCCCUCCAGCAUCCAUUCCCUCUCUCCAAAGCAGAGACAGUUCAGCCUGGUCCAGAACUUAACUGACCUGUUGAGGGAUACAUCUGAUGCUGAAAGUUGGGCAGGUUUAAGAGAAUCCUCUGGCUCAGAAGAACCUCUGAGGUCCAGAUCAGAUCAGAGGGGGGGUUCUUUGGGGUGUCCUCCCUCUGGUGCUGCUGUUGAUGUAAAGAGUUCCACUUUGAGCUCUGUAACCUCUCUGCUCUGUGUUAUUUCCUCUCUGCAGGGCAGAAAAUCAACAGCUGAAGCUGGACAGAAGGCCUGGAUGACCUGUGGAGCUGGAGAGGAGAGAACCAUCCCAGCUUUAGAGCGGCUCAGACCUGAUCUGAUGCCAGAUGAGAUGGUCGCUUUGAGUCAGACCUUUAGGAACCGGGUGGAUCUGCAGGACAGACAGAUGAAGGAUGGAGACGUGUCUCUGACUCUGAAGGAUGUGACCGUAAAUGAUACAGGAACAUAUCAGAGUAGAGUCAGUGAGACACAAGAAAGAAACAGAGAAAUGUUCAAGAAACCACCUUCACCAUCCAUCUGGACGUAG